AAAAAAAAAAGCUUAGUUGCUUUCUGCUUAAUGGAAGAACCCUGAGCUUCUCUUUCUAUUCUGUUUCUUCUCCGUUACCGUUUCCUGCAAUUUUCUACUCUAAAUUUUCUUUUGCAGCGCGUUUUCCGAUCUUCAGGUUCUUCUUCUUCUAGUUUUCCGUAGGUGAAAGAGAAAAAACUGUGAAGGCGUUGAUGACUCCACCUCUGUUGGGUGUUGAGAAGGGGGGGCAAAGCAAUAUUUCUUUAGUGCCCUCUUCACCUUCUGCUGAUUGUAUCUCCCAGAAUGGCUGCAGUUUAAGAGAGCGCAACUAUCUGGGAUUGUCGGAUUGUUCUUCGGUUGAUAGUUCUGCAGUCCCUAGUCUAUCAGAGGAUAAUAAGAACAAUCUCAAUUUGAAGGCUACUGAGUUGAGACUUGGACUUCCUGGAUCUCAGUCUCCUGAAAGAGAUGUAGAAGUUUCCUUGAUGAGUUUGGGGAAACUUGAUGAGAAGCCUUUGUUUCCUUUGCUUCCUGUAAAGGAUGGAAUCUGUUCAUCAUUGCAGAAGCAUAUCGUUUCUGGUAAUAAAAGAGGGUUUUCUGAUACCAUGGAUAGAUUCUCUGAGGUUAAGGGCUCUCUGUAUUCAGAAAAGAACUGGCUGUUUCAUUCAGUUGGGGUUGAAUCUGAAUCUCCACAGUCUAUGGCGCAAGGGAAGUUUUCUGGUGCUUCUGGGAUAAAUGCGAUGCUAUCUUCUAGACCUUCUAAAGGUCAAUCAAGCUUGAUGAAAGAGGUUUCCCAAGAUGUGAAGGAUCGGUCUCUUGCUGCCAAUAGGACCAAACUGAACCAGACUGGGAUUAAUAAUAGCGAAACUGCCCCUGCUGCAAAGGCACAGGUUGUUGGUUGGCCUCCAAUUAAGUCUUUUAGGAAGAACACGUUGGCUACUACUUCAAAGAACAAUGACGAAGUUGAUGGAAAACCAGGUCCUGGUGCUCUUUUUGUCAAGGUCAGCAUGGAUGGUGCUCCUUAUUUGAGGAAGGUAGAUCUAAGAACUUACUCCGUCUAUCGAGAACUCUCUUGUGCUUUGGAGAAAAUGUUCAGCUGUUUUACCAUUGGCCAAUGUGGAUCUCAUGGAGCUCCUGGGAGAGAAAAACUGAGUGAGAGUAAGUUGAGGGAUCUUCUGAGUGGGUCAGAAUAUGUGCUUACAUAUGAGGACAAAGAUGGUGACUGGAUGCUUGUUGGGGAUGUACCAUGGGAGAUGUUCAUUGAAACGUGUAAGAGGCUAAAGAUCAUGAAGAGCUCUGACGCCAUCGGUUUAGCUCCGAGGGCAAUGGAGAAAUCCAGGAUCAAGACAUAGCGUGGUGUUCUAGCUAAGCUCCAAUCAAAGAGGAACGCCGUACUAGAAAGCUGUAUGGCGUAAUUGAUGGUCUGUGUCCGACGUCUCAUUUAUGUUUUCAUUGAAGCAAGUUUGAGAUCUGAUUGCUUUCAAAAACCGUAUUUAUGUUAUUAAGAAAAAAGAAAAUAUGUGGAGUUGAUUUAGUAGCUAUAUAGGAGUUUAGUUUUGUUGAAGUGUUUUUUUGUGUAUUUGCCUUGUAAUGAAUGAGAGAGAUGACUUGAUUGUUGUGCUUUUCUGUGGAAAUUCCCAUAUGCUUGAUCAUCUUCAGGAUAAUAGAAAUUCCAAUGCCCAUUCCUCCAGA